UCAAACAACAGCUGUUUCUAUUCAAAACAUGGUCAAAAUAACUUGAAGUUUUGCGGGAAAUUUCCUUCUCUUAUGAAUAGAAAGGUGUUCAGUUGUACUGGAUGAAAGUAAUCGAAAUUUCUAUCGGUUUUCUUCACAUAUAAAAAUUCCGUUUUCGGAAAAAGCUGCUGAAUCAAUAGAAAAAUGGAAUCUUAUUUGAAGAGAAAAGCUGAUAUAGAUGAUGAUUCCGAAAAACAGAAAUGUCCGCAUGGAGAAAAAUGUUACAGGAGAAAUAUACACCAUUUCAAGGAAUAUCAACAUCCGCAUUUAUUAAAAUAUCUACUAAAUGGGGAUAACAUUCCAGAAAGUCUUCCUCAACCAAAGAGUGUUUAUUUAGAACAGCUGAAAGUUUUAAAGGAUCUUCUUAAAAUAGACAAUGCAACUGCAGGGCCAAGUGAAGGUAUACCUCAAAAAAAAAUUAAAGCUGAUAAUUCCUCAAAAUUAGAAAAAUCGAAAAAAUUCCCAGAAAAGAAAGAGAAGAAGACUAUUUAUCAAUCAGUUAAAGGGGAAUCUAGUACUGCUUCUACAUCAGAAGCCACAGGCAUGCUCAAAAAAUGGGAACAGAAUGCCCCAUAUUUUGUAUUUUACACAACCAUUCCAAAAUCUCCAGCUACACUCAAGCAAAAAAAUUCUAUAACUUUUACAGAUAUACUCUGUCCUAGUUUUGGAAAAUUGAAAUGUAGUUUACAAGUGAAUUUUAUGAUUGAUAUCAUGUGGCUAAUGGAACAAUACAAAGCCAGAAAUGUAAGUUCGUUACCUAUGACCAUUUUGUAUGGCUAUGAAUUCCCGCAAAUGGAAGAAUUCAUGAAUAAAUUCCUCAAACAAGUCACCUAUCACCAAAUGAAAAUGAGGGAUCCCUUUGGAAUUCACCACUCGAAAGUUGGUAUUUACGUUUAUGAUGAUGACAGCAUAAGGGUGGUUGUGUCCACUGCUAAUUUGUAUUACGAGGACUGGAAUCAUUACAAUCAGGGUCUCUGGCUAAGCCCUAGUUGCCCUCCGAUGACAGAAGACACUCCGAACAAUGGAGACUCUCCAACAAGAUUCAAAUCCGAUCUCCUGUGGUACUUGAAGACUUACAAUGUCCCUUGUUUGAAACCUUGGAUAGAAAGAGUUGAAAAGACGGAUUUUAGUCAUAUAAGGGUUUUUCUAGUAACCUCCACUCCAGGUAAGCAUUACCCGAAUGACGCAGGCUCCCACGUACACACCGUUGCCAGAUUGCUCAAAAAACACUGCAAUUUACCAGCCAAAACAACGCCGGAAAGCGAAGGACCCUCUUCUUGGGGAGUUAUAGGGCAAUCUUCGAGCAUUGGAAGUUUGGGUAAAAACGCAGGGGAAUGGCUCAGAAGUACUUUCUUGAGGUCUCUGGCUGCUCAUAAAGCUGCCUCUUUGACCUCUAAUCCUAACGCAACUUUGAGUUUUGUCUACCCCACUGUUGAUAACGUCAUGACUGGUCAUUUUGGGCCCGAAAGUGGUGGUUGCUUGCCUUAUGCUAAAAAUGUGAAUGAGAAGCAGAAAUGGUUCCAGGAUUAUCUGCAUCAGUGGAAAGCUGAAUUACUGCAAAGAAGUCGAGCGAUGCCUCACAUCAAAUCCUACACAAGAGUGUCACCAUGUCUUACCAAGCUGGCUUAUUAUCUGCUCACCAGCGCCAAUCUUUCUAAAUCUGCAUGGGGUGGCAUCAUACAAAGGGAUCAGGGUGUAUAUGUGAGAUCGUACGAGGUUGGAGUGAUGUUUCUUCCUGAACUUUUCGAAAUGGAUUAUUUCAAUAUAGCGCAGACUUUGAGCAACAACAGUUCAAAUGUAAUAUUUCCUUUUAUGUAUGAUUUACCUUUGACGCCUUACAAGGCUGAUGACUAUCCGUGGUGUAAUUAGACAUUUGUUUAUUAUUUAUUUCUGGUUUGUUCUAUUUUUAUACAAUACAUUAUCUUUUCUAUA